UUCAAGCUAGUGUCAUUAAGGCGACUCAGUCAACUGGACGCUGACACGACCCGCAGUGCGACAUUCAAAUGCCCAUCAAGAACGGCUACGAGACGUGUCGUGACAUCCGUGCUUGGGAAUCCAAAAACCACUACCCACAAAUCCCGAUCAUGGCUCUUUCCGCGAAUGCAAUGACAGACCAGAUCGAGGAUGCCGCUCGUGCUGGUUUCAAUGACUAUGUCACCAAACCCAUCAGACACAAUGAACUCGGCAAGAUGAUGAUGGGACUCCUUGACCCAAAUCGACCUUUGCUUCUUCUCCGGGACCGCCUCAAGUCCGAGAACGCGGAGAAAAUCCGUUCAGAGUAGAUGCUUGCGUUUACGCGAAUGAUCCGCGAUCGAACGUCGGCACCUCCUCGUUUGUCUCGUGAGAAUCUCUGCACAUUCUCAGUCUCCAGCAGCACCUCCAGCUAAACCAGUCGGAAGUGUCAUGAUGUAUGUUACAUGUUUCAACCCGAGUCAUCCGCCAUGUGCCAAGGGGGUUUAUAAUAUCUUUCUUUUCCUUUGCUCUUUUUUUUUGUUUGGGACCGGCAACGAACUAUCGGACGGAACGGCGCCCCGGAUGAUAUUUCGAGUCUUGGUUGAUAUUGCCUUUCUACGUCCCACUCACCACGGCUGCGACGUCGUUCCUCCAUGGCAUUUAUUUGCGUUCGGCUUGUCAAUUCGAAUUGAUACCUUUCAGCAUUCACGGGGUAGGGGUUUCAUGCUUAUUGUGUUGUUCUUUGGACCUCCGGACUCUAGUUCAUGGCGUCAGUUGUUCUUUCAUGGGAUCAGUGUUGAGGACUUCCUCUUGAUUUUUCUUCUUCUUCUUUUUCUUCCUCCUCCUCCUCUUAUUGAGCUUUUUACCCACGCGCGGGGCUUUUUUCAUUCCCCGAGAUUGAUAUCGAUACCAGCUUUUACGAGCACGACCAUUCUAACAUUCUGGAAUUGUAUUUGCAAAUCAAUGGAGCGUGUGUUUACAACCCGCUGCGGCGUCUUUCCUUGCGGACGAUUGAUUGAUUGCUUGAUUAAUGGGCUGGCAUUCCUCUCGAUGAAGUAGAUUAUUUAAAUUCUAUAGUGAUAUACCCUACCUAGUCUGACGCUAGCAAGCUAUAACGAUGAUUAUUCCGAC